UUAGCAUAUGUAGAAGGGUGUUGGGAAACUCAAAUUCAGGUGUGAGGAUCUAGCUAGCAAAAACUCCUUGUGAUCCCACCAAUUGUGCUAGUUAGUUGCUCAUAUACAAGAAUGGAGACCCAACACCAACAGGAAGUUAUAGUAGGAAAGGUAUGUGAAAUCUAUGAGAAAAUCUCCAACCUAGGAGACCUCAACCCCUCCAACCAUGUCAACAACCUCUUCACCCAACUUGUCACCAUUUGCACCACCCCAUGUCAAUUAGAUGUUACUCGACUAAGCAAACAAGUUAGAGAAACCAUCGCUAACCUAAUUAGGCUUUGUGGCAAAGCUGAGGGACUUCUUGAGAACCAUUACUCAACCCUAAUAGGAUCACAUGAUACCCCCUUAAACCACAUGAAAUUCUUCCCCUACUACUCCAACUACCUCAAACUGAGCCAUUUGGAGUUCACCAUGCUCACCACACACUGCACCCAAGUCCCCACCCAACUAGCCUUUGUGGGCUCAGGCCCACUUCCUCUCACCUCAAUCAUGUUGGCCACACAUUACCUUAGGCACACAUGCUUCCACAACUACGACAUGGAUCCUUUGGCAAAUGCCAAGGCUCGUGACUUGGUCUCAUCGGAUCCUGACUUGUCAAAGAGAAUGUUCUUCCACACUAGUGACAUUUUAAGUGUGUCAAACCUCAAGGACUACAACGUGGUGUUUUUGGCCGCCCUUGUGGGCAUGGACAAGAAGGAGAAAGCAAAAGUCAUCAAUCACUUGGCCAAAUUCAUGGCUCCUGGAGCAUUUCUGGUGUUGAGGAGUGCUCAUGGAGCUCGUGCCUUCCUCUACCCGGUGGUUGAUCCUUGUUCUGAUCUCAAAGGUUUUGAAGUUCUCUCGGUUUUUCACCCCACUGAUGAGGUUAUUAACUCGGUCAUUGUUGCACGCAAGCACUCGGUGAAUCAAGGGGUUUAUACACCAGUGUUGGCUAGCAAAUGUUCUGGGGUUGAAGGCUUUAAUCCCUUCAACCAUGGGAACGUUAUUGAGGAGUUGACAGUUGAUGAGCAGGCUUGAGGGGAUCGACUUGGUGACUGGUAUUCCUCAAAUUAAAGCAGUGUCAUGAAUCUGGAUCGUAUUAUAUGAUGUAAUAGUGCAGUAUAACUGUAAGUGGUGAUUUGCAUGAGGUCAAAUCUCUUAUUAUCUUUAUUAUAAAAGGAGACGUGAUUAUCAAACGCCAACUGUAUCACCACUACGAGAUUAUUGUUGGAUAAUAAAACGGUUUUGAUAACAUCUUUAUUAGUUUUAA